AAGUUAGAGAGUAUGACAUCUUUCUCUACUUCUCUGCUAUUCAAAUUUGAAAUCAAAACAUAAAUAACUUUUACCAAUCAAGAGGUCCACCUGUUUUAGUAACCGCACCAACUAAAUUUUUCUCUAACUUUUUAUAAACUGCCAUUUUGACCACUUUCCCAACAAGUUAGACAACUACUUAGAGCAAAUGAAAUCUUCCUCUACUUCUCAGCUAUUCAAAUAUGAAAUCAAAACAGGAAUGGCGUCUACCAAUCAAGAGGUACAGCUGUUUUAGUAACCGCAUCAACUUCUUUCAGUAGGCUACAUCCCACUGUUGAAUUAACUGUCAUAGAACUUUGAGAAAUUUCAAAUUCUAGCACAUUCUAAGCAUGAGACAAUUAAUAAACAAUGUGACUUUUGACACAAAUCAGCUACUUUGUCCACUUUCCCAAUAAAGCAAGCCCCACAACUUGUAAAGUUACCAUCUAGUUUGUUUUGUUUUUGUUUUACAGGCAUUAAACAGCCAAGCCAUGCUGUAUUGGUUGCAGCAGCUGCAAAUAAAACGGUGGCAGCACAAUACCAGCCUGGUGAAAAUACCUGCAGAGCCCUCCACUACCUCCACACAGCUCUGCCAGCUGCCUUCUGCACCUUGGGAAGCACCUCCAGCACCGCCUGUACCUCUGACACCCCCAGCACCUACAGUCCUUUCAGCUCCUUCAGUUUCUUCAGUUACAAACGAGUCUGCGCAGGAAGCAAAGACUGGAGGAAAGAGUUCUCCAUCAAGCAGCAUGAACAAGAGGGAGAAGAAAAUGACCAGUUCUCUUCAGCCUUCUGGGGAGAAGGUGUCAGGAAAGGAGGGGAGCCCCGUGGACAAACUAUCCAGACUCCAGCACGAGGUGUUCACGCUCACUGAGGAGCUCAAGUCACAAAAGGAGCUGGUGCGACUCCUUCACAAGGCCCUGGAGGCAGCACAGCAGGAGAAGAGGACCAGCAAACAGUUCCUGUCUGCAGCAGGGGAGCAGGAGCGGCUGGAACUGGUGCGGCACAAAGAGAGGUGUAUCGCGGACCUGGACGGCCGCCUGGAGGCCCUGCUCAAAGACAAGGAGGAGCUGGAGCAGCGGCUGGCCAUGCAGGACUGCCAAGUGAAUGAGCUGCAGCAGCACGUGCAGCUCAUGAUGGAGAAGAACAACGCCAAGCAGGAAGUCAUCCUCAAGCUCUCCGAGCAGGUGGCCGCCUGCAUGGCUGACCCCCAGCGUACCGUAGCCAAUUCCAUGGGCACAGAGACCUUCUGCAGGCUGCAGGAGAAGAUUGAGAACCUCAAGGACGAUAUUGAGGCGCACAAGAUCCAAAACAAGUUCCUCAACUGUGAAAUCUACCAGCUUACUAAGCUGUGGAGGAACAGUUCAGAAGAGAAGGGCCUCCUGAUGAAGUGUGCCUACCUGGAGGCCAAAAACUGCCAGAUUGAGAGCAAGUACCUGGUCGUGCUGCGCAGGCUGCAGGAGAGCAAAGGGCUGGACAGCAGUCAGCAGGAGAUGGUGAAAAGGCUCAUUGAGGACUCACUGCAGGGAGACAAGAAGGAUGGCUUUAAACUCAACCCUGUCAGUGAGUAUGACGACUAUGGAUUCAAGACCAUUCCUGAUUAUGAAGUAGAGGACGUGAAGCUCCUGGCCAAAAUCCAGGCCCUGGAGAUCCUUUCCAACAACCUGCGCAACAAUGAGAUGGUGGACAAGCCUUUGCGGACAAGGUGGGCUAACUACCUGGCCAGCCGUCCCUUGGACCAGCUGGCUCCCUCCCCAGAGCUGAAGGGCCUGAUCCGGUGUGGGAUCCCUGUGGAGUACCGGGAGCAGGUGUGGCGCUGGAUCGUGAGGACACGGACGCAGGUCUCUAGGAAGUGGAAUCCCAAUCGCUACCAGGAGCUGAGGAAGCACUGCGAGGUGUCGGAGCACCUGGCCUCGCGGCAGAUCAGGCUGGACCUGCACCGCACCCUCACCAGCAAUAAGCACUUCUCCUCGCCCACCUCCGACGCAGUCCAAAAGCUGCAGCGCAUUCUGCUAGCCUUCUCCUGGCAAAACCCCACCAUCGGCUACUGCCAGGGCCUCAACAGGUUGGCAGCUAUUGCACUUUUAGUUCUGAAGGGUAAAGAGGAUGCCUUCUGGUGUCUGGUGGCUGUUGUUGAAAUCAUAAUGCCACAAGACUACUACAGCAAAACCCUCACUGCCUCUCAGGCUGAUCAGAGGGUGUUCCGUGACUUUCUUGCUGAGAAGAUGCCUCGCCUGAUGGCCCACUUCAAGGAGCACAGCAUCGAUCAUUCCCUCAUCACCUUCAACUGGUUCCUGGUGGUCUUCGUGGAAAGUCUGGUCAGCGACAUCCUGCUCAGAGCGUGGGAUGCUUUCCUCUAUGAGGGCACAAAGGUGAUAUUUCGCUAUGCACUGGCCCUCUUUAAGUACAAUGAAGAGGACAUUCUAAAAAUUCACGACAAUCUGGAAAUCUACCAAUACCUCCGUUUUUUCACCAAAACGAUCUCUGAUGGCAGGAAACUAAUGACCAUAGUGUUUAAUGAUAUGAACCCCUUCCCUAUGAAGCUGCUGAAGAACAGACGAGAGUUUCACAUGGAGAGGCUGACAGCCGAGCUGCUGGAGCUGGAGAGGAUACAGGAGGAGUUUGUGAAAGAACAACAAGUGGAGUGCAAAGACAAGGACCUGGACACUGCUGUCAACGAAGAUGAAGAAGUAAUACAGACUGCAGUUAGCUUGCAUCACACGUCCUGACGUUAUUGAAAAAUUACACAUCACUGAUACUAUUUAAACUAAUUUGUUUGCCUUAUUAUUCCCUGCUGUGGAAUAUAGUGGGGCUUACAUAUUGUGUAUGUCACACAUACAUCUAACUGUUAUCCUUUGUCUGUUGUUGAGUAUAUAGGUAUGUCAGACUUACAUUUUUACAUGUACAGUUCGGCUCUUAUUUUGUAAUGGCGCGCGUAAUGUACCGACAUACUUGUUUUAGAGUCAACAAAUUAAGUUUACCAAACCUGUCAAAAUGCAGAAUAUUAAUGGAAAUAGGUGUGUUGGUAAUACACACACACUACAUCUCAGCAGUGUGGAGUAGUGGUUAGGGCUCCGGACUCUUGACCGGAGGGUCAUGGGUUCAAUCCCCGGUGGGGACACUGCUGCUGUACCCUUGAGCAAGGUACUUUACCUAGAUUGCUCCAGUAAAAAUCCAACUGUAUAAAUGGGUAAUUGUAUGUAAAAAUAAUGUGAUAUCUUGUAAGUCGCCCUGGAUAAGGGCGUCUGCUAAGAAAGAAAUUAUUAUUAUUAUUAUCUCUGAAUGCUUGACUUCAAAUCCAGUUUAAGUCACACAUGAAAGGAGUAUGGUGGUCCUAAGCCCUCGGCUUCCACAUCACAAAACCAACACACAGUGCAGCACAAUUGGCACAAAGGAUAAACCUGUUUCUUAUCUCAUAAAACAGCCUUUUACUAUAAUUAUCAUCUGUCAGUCUCUGAAUUUCUUCAAUCAGCAGUUCCAUUCCACUCAGAUCAGUUCAGUAAAUUUAAUUAUUUUGUAGUUUCCCAAGAAAACAAAAACUCAUUGGAGAUCUUGAAAAUUAAUGUCUUGAAAUGUGAUUAAUUUAGGCCAGGCUAAUCUGAACAAGUACAGAGAUUCCAGUUACUUUUCAGACCGGCAACCAGGUUCCAGAUUUUCUAAACGAGACUAUCUCUGAAAUAAACUUAUUUUUUAUGCA